CGGGGUGAAGCAGGGAGGGCGCCCGCGGGGGGACGGGGCUCGCUGUGGCACCGGCGAUGAUCUAGGGGUGCGAGCCCCAGUGUGUUUCCAAAGCAAGGAGCCGCUGCCCCGCCCCGCCCUUCCCUCAGCCUGGUUAGCGCCGCUCCCGGCCGCCUCCGAGUCCAGCGAGCAGGGUGCCCGGGGCCGGCCUGGCAGCGCGGGGGGCACCGCCGGGGGGAGCGACGGCGGGGGGCAGAUGCGGCUUCUGUCGCCGGGCGAGCAGCCCGAGAUCAAAGAAAAGCAGAAUUUGCGGCUGUCUAACCCUUCCUGCCUGUAAUUCACUGCAGGCAGAACAAAGCUCUGUCACAACUGUGCUUCCUGGUUGUCGCCUCCUGCCUGCAAAGCACUGAACAUUUUCCACUUGAUAUCAUGCAGAAAGGGAGAAAGGAGACGCAAUGAGAGAUUCAGAUACCAAAAGAUUAAAGUCAGAUGCUCAUCUACAAACUGCCUAACCAUUGUCCUUCACUGGUGAGAUAAAAGGAAGAAGUCGCAGGAAGAGAGGAACUACACCAGGCUUCAGAUUUUGGACUAUACAGCAAGACUGUAAGAUACUUGGGUGUUUUCUCCAUUAGCGCUACAAUGGAGACACUGUCCCAGGACUCUCUGCUGGAAUGUCAAAUUUGUUUCAAUUAUUACAGUCCCAGACGGAGGCCCAAGUUGCUGGACUGUAAGCAUACCUGCUGUUCUGUUUGCCUUCAACAGAUGAGGGCAAGCCAGAAGGACCUGAGAUGUCCCUGGUGCCGAGGUAUCACUAAACUGCCACCGGGAUUUUCUGUAUCCCAGCUGCCCGAUGACCCAGAGGUGAUUGCUGUGAUUGCAAUUCCCCAUACUUCAGAGCACACUCCAGUCUUCAUCAAACUUCCUAGCAAUGGGUGCUACAUGUUGCCCUUGCCCAUCUCCAAGGAGAGAGCGCUGUUGCCAGGAGACAUUGGCUGUCGCCUCCUGCCAGGUAGUCAGCAAAAGUCAGUCACUGUGAUGACAAUCCCAACUGAGCAGCAGCCCCUGCAAAGAGGGAUCCCGCAGGAAGUCGGAGAGGAGGAGCAAGACAGGAGGGGCGUUGUGAAAAGCUCCACCUGGUCAGGUGUUUGCACUGUGAUCUUGGUGGCGUGCGUCUUGGUUUUUCUCCUUGGUAUUGUCCUCCACAAUAUGUCUUGCAUUUCCAAGCGUUUCACUGUGAUUUCCUGCGGCUGAAAAGGGUCUGCUCCCAGAAUACUCUGAUGGGAUAAUUUAAGGGUUGGGAAGGUGGUGGUGAUGACAGGCUUGAGUGAGAUGAUGCACUGCAACGUUGACCAAUUACUACAGAACGCUUGACACCAGACAGCUGUUUGACAGUCUGAAGACAAUCCUAAAAGGCGAAAUGUGAGACCUCUCAGCAGAGUACAGAGAAAAUCAUAAUGAGCAUCUGAUGGUAACAGCAUUGAGGAAGACUGCAUGUGUCACCAUCCUCAUUGAUCAAAUGGACUGUAACUUCUAAUGAUUUUUAUCAUGUUAUGAGACUAAAGACAUCUAUUUAGCUGGUUAUACUGUAAAAGUAUAUGAUAUGAUCACUCUGUCUUUAAAUACAGUAGAUUAAAAUCAAAAUGCUAUAUUAUAAGUAGAAUUGAACAUGAGAAUCAGUGUAAGACUCAGUAAAGAUAUUCCAAUGCCAGUCCAUACAUAUUCUUUUUAAUGGGGGGUGAAGGGGAACUGUAAAAAAGAAAAAUUCAUUUAGUUGGUAAGGCUUUUUAUAUAUUUUAAAUUGCACAUUAAUUAAAAUAAGUUUGAAAGUUGCAUAAUAGUUCUUAAAAGGAAACAUUUUACAAGCGAUUGUGUUUCAUAUGUGAUGUGUGUUUUGUCAUAUACUUUCAUUUUGUUUCCACCUGUAGUGAAGUGUCCUUUCCAAGUGUUUUGUUAAAGCAAGAUCCAAGCGGAGGAGCAAGGAAGUGAAGAAGUAGGGCUACCUAAAAGUGCAGCCAAAACCCUGCUGUGUAAGCCCUGCCAUGAAGUCUGGCUUUGAAGUGUAAACAGUGGACAUGCUGUUUCACCUCCAGUCUGUCAGGCAGGCUUCUCAAGGCUCUGGCCUCCCUGGGGAUUAGUGAAGGGAUGGGUCAUAGAAGUGCUGGGCAUUCUUCCUGCAAGGACUGGAUAGCAAAUUACUUUUUAGAAUAUGGGACCAGCCUUGCCUCCAUGUUGAGUCAUAGUUGCAGCUGUGUCAUUAUUGACAGUAACUCUACGGAUGCCUAGAUGACCGAACAGAUAUCGAGGUCUUACUGUGCCAAGCAUUGUACAAAUAUCUAGCAAGAGACAGCUCUCAUCAGAAAGGGUUCAUGCUCUAGAUAGAUAGGACAGACCAAUGAUGGGAAACAGGUUGAGAGGGGAAAGGGACUUGCCCAAGGUCACAGAUGAGGUCAGUGGCAGAGCUGGGAACAGAACCCAGGCCACUUGACCAUGCUGCCUCUCCUAACCCCCUGGAGUCAGACUGGUGUAAAACCUGUGUGAGAUCAUAAUCGGGCCCUGUGCCUCCUUUCAGUAGUAUAAACCUUGAUUCCUCUUAGGGCCAAAUGUGAAACUACCAAGAGAAAAUGAUAUAUUUUUUACUGCACAUUGACAUUACAAAGCCCACAUGACUGCAGUUCUUUGCUCAUAAAGGGCCAAAUUAGGAUACUUAUGCUAACACCUCACUUAAUAAGAAGGUUCAUCACCUUUUGUGGGACUUCUUGUGGAGUAAGGUAUUCAGCAUGAGUAAGGGUAUCAGAAUCUGGAUGAAAGUCUGGAUUUUUUUUUUUUUUUAAAGGGUCAGAGUGGGACUUGUGGCAGAAAAAAAACUAUUGGUUUGCCUGAUUUGUAUUACUAGUAUGAAGAAUGGACAAUUACACAGUUGUAAGCAGUGAACAAUGACCUCUAAUCUAUUACUAAUAUGCUUUUUAAUAGUUAAUUUGAGGUAGUUCAGUCCUGUGUAAUAACACUGGAGAAUCUUAUUCUAACUGUUAGGCACAUGAAAGAAGUCAGUGGUGGUGCACCAGUGCAACUGAGGAAAAACUGGCUCAUUAUGAACGCCAUUCUAAUUCGAAAAUACAAUACAGAGCACAUAUCUUCCUUUGUGCUAGAUUCUCUCCUCUCUCCCCCCGCCAAAUGUCUGUUUUCUAAAGAAUGGCAUAUAUAUGCCUGAUUGUUAAGUUAGUAUAUGUAAGGUUACAUGUGAAGAUAAAGCUCCUGGUGCACUGUGCCUGCUUUUAUCUACUGUAAUUUGCGUGGGCAUAACAAAGAAAAUACCCCAGAGGUGACACAUUUGAUACCUCCUUUUUUCCACUAAGAAAAGCACAUGCAGAACCAUAUGCAAUAUUCAGAGAACCUGGUUUACAAACGCUUAUUAUAAACAUUCAGCUCCUGGACAUCAGUGAAAGUGGGGUGUAAUAGAAAGGAAUAGUAAUUCCAAACGCAUGCGGUAUUAAAAUUGUUAAUCUGAAGCAUCGUCUUGUAAGGAAAACUCAAUUUACAUCCACGUUACAUGUUAGCAUGUAAUGGAACUGUAGCCUGCUAAUAUUUCUGCCUUAGUAAGACUCCAUGCUAGUGUACAGUUAGAGGACAUAGUGCUCUACUGCCUCGCCCCUUGUAAUCAUCUACCCUCCUGGGACAUGAGGGGGGUGUGGGCGUGGCAUGCUACUAGAUCAGCUAUUUGACACCGAUUUUGCACUCACUGAUCACAAGUAUAAAUGACUAGACAAGAUGCAAGACAGUGGAGUAGAAGGCCCCGAUAGUACAAUACUAAUAAUAUUAACAUUGGAAUGACCAUAAAAUGCCUAACUGAAGCUCUUGACAAAGUAGGUUCUCUUGAUCUUUUCAAAUAAUGUCUCUCAUAAAAGGUGCUGGUUUUCCUUCUCCACAUGAAGAGUGUUGUUGGAAGGAUAAACCAGAAAUUAGGUUAAAAUGCUACACUGCAUAACACAUUACACAACAGGCAAAUAUGGGGUUUAAUCUGGUAUUAAUGAUGUAGGCAUCAUCUGACCAGAACGCCAUAUUGUAUUACUUAACACAGUGCAUUGUUUUGUUAGUGUGAGUUUCUUGUACUGUUAAGAGCCUGCUGAAAUGCAUGGCUGACCUAAUUUCUGAUUCCGACAUUUGCCUGUUUUACAGUCUUUGUAUGAGUGCAAUAAAGAAAACCUCAAGAUUUUUUGUGGGUUAGCUCUUAUUCAAAAAUAUAAUUUUAUGAGGGAAGUUUCUUCUUUGCUUUACGCAGUGGGACUAUCAUUUAAAUUUUGCAGCUUUAUGCUGAAGAACUGUAAUAUAUUGCAAUAUACAGUGUUAGACCAUUUCUCAAGUAGGUUAAUAUUCAUACUUUAAAAUGCAGUGUGCUCUAUUCCAUUUUGUAUUCCUCAGUCCCAUACCUGGCAUUCAGAAAGGAGACAGCUAUCUAUGGCUAUAACUUUGCAAAACGUGCUAGAAAAAUUAUUCCCAGGAAAAACAUUUAAACUCAUACAAUAUCCCUCUUCUGCACCAAUUUCAUGCCAAAAUGAUCAGCUCCUGGGUAGGUUCUUAAUCCUUGUAUAUCAGCAACUCUUUUGAUCACUACUCAGUUCUUGAAAAAGGAAGACAAACUUUUAUUUUUUUAUGGCAUAAGUACUAGUUGAGCAAACAUUAUUUAUACUAAAUCUUGUCUGAAGUUAUUUAUCCACCUGCAUUUUUGAACAAAUUACCCUUUAUGAAGGUGUAUUAUUUGUUUGUUUAACGGGAGAGUACAGCUUCUUUUAUUUUAAAGGUCUCAGCUUCAGUUUUUAGCUUGUGCUUUGCUGGGAGACAGAAAUAGGGUACACUUCGUGAAAGUUUGUUCAGUGAAUUUUACAAAUUCAAAAUAUGCAAUUUUGGUAUGUGCGAUUUUUUUAGAAAAUUGUUUAUUAAGUGUUUGUGCUUAAAUGAUAUGGAAAAAGGAUGGGUGGUUUUGUAAACGAAGCAAUUGUGAGUCUAAAGUUUCAUCUUUAUUAAUGAAGGUUGGUAUGAAUAAAAUAUUAGCAGGAAUAGAAUGAAUACAUCAAGUGAAUUAUGGUUUCUCUAGUCUUUCACCUUAAAAUGAACAGCACAGUGAAUACUCAGUGGAAUUAUUCUGUAUUUACACUGGUGUAACCAAAGCUAGCAUUUGGCUGCCUUCCUCAAGACAAAUUUUUUAAGUAUUGGCUGUGGCACAUUUUCAGAGUGUGUGUGUGUGUGUGUGUGUGUGUGUUGGGGGUAGUGAUUUUGUUGUUGUUGUUAAAUAGUUGAUUUUUGAGUAGAAAUUACAUCUGAUGAUCACAGAGCUACAAAGAUUUUCUUUUCUGUUUCAAGUGAUUUAAAAUUUGUGAGUGAAUUUACUCCUUACAAAAGUGAGAUAUAUUAGCAUGAGCAUGUAUUGUUCAGGCAGGUAUGUGUCACCUUCCCGCCGCCCCCCCCCCCCCCGCCAAAAAAAAUUAUGCCAGUACUCCUUAAUCCAGAUCAGCCAUCCCCCACUAGUAUUACAGGCAUGAGGCUUUUACUGAAUGGAGAUUAUACAUGUAACAAAUUCACAGCAAAAUAAGCAAACAGGGUGAGGAUGAAACCAAACAGUUUAUUUUCACUUGUGACUGAUGCAUGAUUUGAAUCUACUAUAAGCCCACACUUUAUCUGGAUUUUUUUUCUGUUAAUACCUAUUGCACUAAGGUAACAUUGUGACCUCUUCCUCAGUGAUUGGCCAGAAUCAAAAAUCCCAGAUCUAAACACACUCCUGUGAAUUCAAGCUGUAUUACAACACAGUAAUUCGUUCAGGAGACAUCCAUAUGUCUAGUAAAUAUAGUUAGUCUAAUGCUGGCUUUAAAAUGUUUCCUCUUGCCAGCUGCCCAGGGCAUGUGGGUUUAAAUUUGGGGUUUUCUUUCUUUUGUGGGGGAAUGCAUGAUGAUAAAUGAAUCCAAACACCACCCAGGAGGAUAUAAUUAAGAUUCAUAUACAAUUAAAGCAAAGACCUUUAUGUUUGAGUAUUUAGCAGGGCAAGAUUCUUCUGGAAUGCUGCAAUGGAAUUAUAGCAUAUUAAUGAUCUUUUCUUUCCUUUACACUGUCCUAAGACCUGACAGCUGGGAUUGUUCUUCUUUCUUUCUGUCACUUUAACAUUUUGCAUGCCAGUAUUGACCCAACGCAAACUACACUGCUUGUUUCAUGCUUCUGAAACUGAACGGCAUUAGCUGCCAUUUCUCAACCUGCCCUUAGCAUCUUUAGCAAAUGAGCAUUUACGUGUUGUCUAAGCAGUUGAAAUUUGAAGCCCCAUAAAUGUCUAGGGAAUGCAUUUUUGCAGCAUUCAAUCAAUGCUUCAGUAAAUAUCUCUUUAUUUUAGAUCUAAACAUUAGCUAAAUUUUCACUAAGCAUUUUCCCAAACACCAGAAGCAGGCAUUAGAGAGGAUUCACAGCUGGAAGAAACUAUUUAUACCAAACCCAUAGCACUCUCACAGCAAGGCUCAGAAGAUUAUCUCUGUUACCUAGGAUUGAGUGGAUCAUAAGUAACCAAAAAUGGAUGAAUGCUAUAUGGUUAUAUUGGGGGUGUCGUACCCCCUGAGGCAGCUUCUUCAUUGUGGAGGAGUCCACACCUUUUCCUCAGUUCCUUGUGAUAAGCUCCUGCCUGGUGUUCAGGUGAGGAGCUACUGAACUGCUGCUUGCCUGGGCACUGUACAGAGGCUUCUGCCUGAGGUGGGAUGAGAAGCCCUGAAAUGAGCAGGGCUGGAAGGUUGGAUUUGAGAGUUAUUAGGGGUUCAUCAAAUGAGCAAGAGGAAAGAGUAUUUGGGCCUGGAGAGAGGCUCAUGAAAUUAGCAGGGUGUCAUGAAUUGAACUGAUUGGGAUGAAGAGAUGUGGAGGAGGGGCAAAACUGAAUGGAGGGAUGAUUAGGCAGUGUCUUGGAAUUGGGUAUUUGCAGUGAGUGGAGACAUUUAUCAGGCAAAUUUGAGAAGAAUUAGAUUAGUUAUUUCUGAUGCCUGGGAGUUGGAUGGUUUGUUAUAACAUAGCUCAAGAGUGGUUUGGCCAGGCAACUUGAAAUUUUGGUUAAUUCAGAUCUUGGACCGCUUUGAGUUUUGAGGCUGACUAUUUUGGAAGUUAAGUUUUCUGCCUAAUUAAGAAAUUUGAAAAGUGCAUGGGCUGUUCUAAGAUUCUGAGAAGCCCUUAAAUCUUGGGAAUAGCAUGAGUUACAAGCAUGCUUCUAUUGAAGGCCAAAUGUAUGGAAAGCAGAUGGUCAUAUCCCAGUGCAAAAAUAAACUUCACUGAUAAAAUUGGCAAGAAAAGCCCAGAAAAACUCCACAAAGCUCUUUAGGCAUUCCAUGUUAAUGUCACUGUCACGCCUGUUUGAUUUAAGAAGUUGUUUAGUUGAAGACAAAGGCAGUAUUGCUGUACUUCACAUU